UUAUUCCAAUUCUAUCAAGAAAUCGGAUUAUUUAGUUUCCUUUACUUGUCAUACCUUCUCUCAUCAUCAUCAUCAUAGCAGUCGUCUCGUGGAGGCUGCGUCUUUAAUGGAGAACAACAUACCUUCCAUAAUCUCUGAAUUUCAACACUAAAACCCCCAAUUUCCAAAACCCUAAUUACACAAAUUUGGGGGAAGAUGUUUUCAUGGAAUUUCGCUAAGUCGGCGGAGGCAAUUCUGUCUCGUUACGCCAUUAAAAGGUUGUGUAAGUUUUUGUUGAAGAAAAAGCUUGGUAAAUUUAUUCAUGGCGAUAUCGAUCUUGAUCAACUUGAUGUUCAGCUUUCUGCUGGUUUGCUUCAGCUCACUGAUCUCGCCCUUAAUGUCGAUUAUCUCAAUCAAAAGUUGGGGAAAAUAUCAGUAUUUAGGGUGAAAGAAGGAUCAAUCCGUUCAUUAUUAAUAAAAAUGCCUUGGAAUGGUGAAGGUUGUGAAGUUGAAGUGGAUGAGCUUGAGCUUGUGCUUUUUCCAUUUGACGGUGGCAAUUCACAAGAGGUAGUUGGAACUCAUGAUUCAAAUGAAAAUUAUCAUGUGAAUAAUGACAUGGGAACAGUUGAACAUGAUAUGGUCUACAAGUCUGCAGCUGCUUCUGUCAAUGUUCAUGAAGGCGUUAAGACAGUCGCUAAGAUGGUGAAGUGGUUGUUGACGAGCUUCUGUAUCAGAAUAAAAAGUGUGAUUGUUGCAUUUGAUGCUGAAGUAGGAAGGGAUAAAGAAGAAGGGUCUCAUGAUGCUUUGGUAUUUCGACUUGCAGAAAUUGAAUGUGGAACUUGUAUUUCUGAAGACAAGAGUUUAAUUGAUGGUUCAAAUUCUGAAGACUUUCUGGGUAUAAGCCAUCUGACAAAUUUUCUUAAAUUUCAAGGAGCUACAGUUGAGCUUCUUCAGAUUUAUAGUGGAUACAAUCAAACACAUCUUGCUUCGAAACCUCUGUUGACUGGGGAAAGAGGUGGUUUUUGUGGUUCUAUGAAGCUGUCUAUUCCUUGGAAGAAUGGUUCUUUGGAUACCUGCAAAGUUGAUGCAGAAGUAAAUGUGGACACCGUAAUUGCGAAAUUGCAACCCAGCACCCUAAAGUGGAUACAAGCUACCUGGGAUUUGCUUGAGAAAUACGAGAAUAACAAGGUUGAUGAUGUCAAUCACAUGUCUGUCGACACUGUUGUCUCUGACUCAACAUCUCAGUGCAGUCCAUCAGCUUUUCCUUCUUCAGUGCUGUCUGACAAGUACCUUACUCCAGAAUUUGAUAGUUCUCUUAAAUUAAAUUUGUCUUCAAGGGAAGAAAUGGUUACAGAUGUUCUUCUUAAGGAGUCAUGUUUCAUAUCAGAUUGGGUGCCCUUUUAUAAUGGAAACUAUGACAAUCCAGGAAUUGAAGAGGCAAAUCUAGGAGCCAGUGUAGAUCAGUUUUUCGAAUGUUUGGAUGAGUUGAGGAGUUCCCAAUUCAUGGGCAGUAGUGGAAUGUGGAACUGGACAUGCUCUGUUUUUAGCGCAAUAACUGCUGCAUCAAAUCUUGCUUCUGGAUCUUUGAACGUUGGUGCUGAGCAGCAGCAUGUGCAAACAAAUCUCAAGAUUAAUCUUGUUGGGCUUUCAACAAUAUUAGCCUUUUCUGAUGAAGACCAGUCGACUCAGCGAAGGCUAGCUGAUGAGCAAGGUGGUAUUGAUUUUGAUGCUCACCAUCUGUGUUUAAAUUUGCAAGAUAUUCUCAUAGAUGUCCAGGUGUAUCUUCAGGAGUGGAAAUUGGAAACAACUGUCAAGCGCUUUGUCUUAGAUGAACACUUCAGUCAAAAGGAAUCUGCAGAUUUCACUUUGUACGGUGAAGAGAAGGGUUUGAGUGAUCAGACUCUAAUGAUCCAAGCUUUGCAAGAUAAGGUUCUCGGUGUUCUGCCUUCAAAUUGUUUGUUUUCUGAACCAUUGAGUAUGGUAUUUUCUGAUGCAACUAAGCUUGGGAAUGCUCCAUCUAGCUUAUCGAGUACACAAAACUGUGCUUGUGGCAACAAUACAGUGAAGGCUACCUUGUUUGAAACUUCUGGUGCUAGUCAGUGUCUUUUAGCGGUGAGUUCGAGAUCCUUUGAUGGUCAGUCAACUACGAAAAUUUCGUUUUCGUUAAAGCUUCCACCUUUCAUAUUGUGGUUGAACUUUGAUGUGGUAAACAUGGUCCUGGAAUUUUCAAGGGCACUUGUUAAUUCUGCAACAAAGGAAGAACCCGAGGCUGUUUUUGCAUCUGGAGCCUUUGAAGAGAAGCAUAAAUCUUCUAUUCAUUCUGAUGUCACAUCUACAUCCUUUAAAGGAAGCUUGGCAGGGGGCAUAUUUCUUCCUCAUGCUAAGAUAAUUUUAUGCUUCCCUCUUAUGAAUGGUGGAGGUUUGAAAAGCUAUGUAAGCUGUGACCAAUUUAUUGCUCUUGAUUUCUCUUCUCCAUCAAAUUCCAAGAAAUUGAAGGCUGAAGGGUCUACUUUUUUUCGAGAGGAUACACCUUGGAAGAUAUAUACUCCAUCACCUUCUCACUCAGUGCAGUUAAAUGUUGUUAAUCUUGAUGUUUACCAUAUCGUUAGUGCUGUGGAUGAUGAUGCUGGUAAGGCCACUGAGUUGGAGAGUCAGAAACUUUGCUCUCAUCUAAUUCUAGCCCUUGGGAAUGGAACUCAUUGGGUUAGUUUGAUCAGUAUGCUUUGGCACAAAGAUGCAGUCACUGGUCCUUGGAUUACAAAGAUUGCAAAGGUUUUAGCAACAUCUGAUGGGUCAGCUGGUAAAAUGUCAUCUGCGACAAGUGAUUAUGAGUUUACUUCUGUAUCAACUAGGGACAAAAAAGGGGAUCUAUCUUCCCAAAAACAAAAAGAGCUGAUAUUGAGCUCCAAAUUCUUUCUGCAUAUUGGUGUACCUGUCAUGGUGGUUACUCUUCGCAGGUCUCAGUAUUUAUGUUUUUUUGACCUUUUGAGUCAGGCCAUGGAUGCGUUAACCAGUGCAGGUAGUGACACAGCUUAUGAAAAUAGAGGAACAAGUUUAAACCAGUCAUCUGUACUCCUGGAAUGUGGUCUGGCAAAAAUUCAUAUUGAACUUGACCAAGGAGACUGCCUUAAAAGCUCACUACAGAGAGAACUUCCAGGUUCAUGGCACAGGUUAAGACUGGAAAUCCAGAAUCUGCAAUUGCUUUCUGUUUCUGAUGUUGGAGCUAUCAGUGGUGCUAGUUUUCUUUGGGUAUCUCAUCGUGAAGGGAAGUUGUGGGGUUCUAUUACUUCAUUGGCUGAUCAGGAUGUUCUUCUGAUAUCUUGUAGCGAUAGUUCAAAUGGACGUGGUGAUGGAGAAGGUUCAAAUGUUUUGUCCUACAGCCAUGCUGGCUUUGAUAUUGUUCACAUGUCUGACCCAGAGAGUCUCCAUAAUCAUAUGUCAAUUCGUUUGAAAUGUGGGACCAUUGUUGCACCAGGAGGCCGCUUAGAUUGGCUUGAUAAGAUACUUUCGUUCUUUAGCUUGCCAUCUCCUGUAACAGGCGAAAAUGUUAAAUCUGAUCAGCAGAAGGGUGAUUCUCAGAGGCUUUUCUUCGUUUUAAAAUUCAUCGAUGUUGCAUUGAGCUAUGAGCCAUACUUAUGCGAGUUGGAAGUGAGUGGAGAAUGUCUCAAUUCUAAAUCUCGUAUAUCUGUUAACCUUGAUGAUGACUCAUGUGAGCCAUAUAUUGCUUGUCUGCUGGCUGCAUCAUCUUUUACACUUUCCAGUACAAUGGUAGCUGGUAAUCUAGUAAACGACUACAGUAUCCGGUUUCAAGAUGUGGGUCUUCUAGUUCAUGUUGCAACAAAGCAGGAAAGGCUUGUGGGUGAGUACGGUGUUAAAUACUUGCAUAAACUUGGCUAUGUCAAGGUUGCUCGGGAGGCUCUGGUUGACGCUAUUUUAAGGAUCAACUGUGAAAAUGACGUUAAAUGGGAACUAAAUUGUUCCGAAUCUCAUGUGGUCAUCAGUACUUGUCAUGAUACAACACUUGGUUUAAUACGCCUGGCUUCCCAACUCCAGCAGCUCUAUGCCCCAGACAUGGAGGAGUCUCUUGUCCACUUGCAAAACAGGUGGAAUUCUCUAAAACAGGUUCAAGGAGAGGAUGUUUGUGAAGGAGUAUCAGAAACCAGCAGCAAUUCUUCUCCAAGGAAACUGAAGGUACAGCAACUUGGUCCAGAUUCAAAGUUUGAUUCUGGGUUGGUUGGCUUAAUGGGUGAAAUAUCUGAAGAUGCCUUUCUUUUCAGUGGAAAAUCCAUGAGCCCAUCUGAUUUGUCAGAACUUAAUACAGUUGAGGGAAAUGAUAGUGAUCUAUUUCUUGAGGGGCAUAGCUUCACCUAUCCAUGUCAUGGAGUUUCUAUGGAAGAUGGUCACUCGUCAAUUCUACAGAAGACGGAGAUUAUGGAAGGCUAUUGCCUAUCAGAUUUAAGAUCUUUAUCAGAACUAACCAUUAACAGUCAUUUUCCUGAAGUUGAUUCCCAAUCUAAUACAGAGAGUAGGGCAAAUGUGGAUGUCCAAAGAGGAAAAUGUGGAUGGUAUGGUAGUACAUCCUUGAGUAUUUUGGAAAAUUAUGUACCUGAUCAAACUGGUCAAUCUCACUCAAAACAGCUUCUGGAAGGCAAGCGAAAUCAUGAGGAAGGUAACGUUUGCCAAAGAUUCAAAGGACGUUUACUAUUGGAUAAUGUGGACAUUAAAUGGCGGAUGUAUGCUGGUUCUGACUGGCAUGACUUGGAGGAAACUGUUUGGCAUUCUGCUGAUAUCUGUGGAAGGGAUGAAGCUAUAUGUUUAGAGCUUUCACUAUCAAACAUGAAUGUCCAUUAUGACGUCUUUCCAGAUGGGGACUUGUGUGCAUCAAAACUAUGUCUUUCUAUCCAAGAUCUUCACAUAUAUGACAAAAGCAGAAAUGCUCCUUGGAAACUGGUGCUUGGAUAUUAUCAUUCUAAGGACCGGCCUAGGCAAUCUUUCUCAAAGGCAUUCAAACUCGACUUGGAAGCUGUCAGGCCAGAUCCCACGACUCCUCUUGAGGAGUAUCGGUUACGCAUAGCUGUCCUUCCAAUAUUAUUGCAUCUUCAUCAGAGCCAGCUUGAUUUUCUUAUUUCCUUCUUUGGGGGCAAGUAUUCAUCAGACGAUUCCUCAAAUGGUGAUGCACAAUGUUCAGGCUCAUCAGAUGUUAGUACAGCAGAAGAUAGUAAGUUGAAAGCUCUUAGCCUUGUGGAUGAAGCAUUGCUUCCCUACUUUCAGAAAUUUGACAUCCGGCCUAUUAUUCUUCGAGUUGACUACUGUCCUAAUCGUGUUGACCUUGCGGCGUUAAGUGGAGGGAAGUAUGUGGAGCUUGUAAAUCUUGUUCCUUGGAAGGGGGUUGAGCUUCAUCUCAAGCAUGUUCAAGCUGCUGGUAUUUAUGGAUGGGGCAAUGUAUGUGAAACUACUCUUGGUGAAUGGCUGGAAGAUAUUUCGCAAAAUCAGAUUCAUAAACUUUUGCGAGGACUUCCUGCCAUUCGAUCUUUUGUUGCUGUGGGCUCUGGUGCUGCGAAGUUGGUUUCUCUUCCAGUGAAGAAUUAUAGGAGGGAUCAUAGAUUAGUGAAGGGUUUACAAAGAGGGACUGUGGCAUUUCUUAGGAGUAUCUCAGUUGAAGCUCUUGGUCUUGGUGUGCAUUUGGCAGCAGGGGCUCAUGAGAUUCUGCUACAUGCAGAAUGCAUUGUUACACGCAUUCAGCCGUCAUUGCCCCAUCCUGUCAGAAGAAAAGUCAAGAAAAAGCGUGGCUCUGAUCAGCCAGAAGAUGCUCAACAUGGACUUCGACGGGCUUAUGAGAGUCUUAGUGAUGGUCUGGGAAAGACUGCCUCUGCACUGAUUCAUACUCCCAUGAAAGCGUAUCAGCGCGGUGGUGGUGCUAGUUCUGCUAUUGUGAGUGCAGUCAGGGGAGCUCCAGUUGCAGCCAUAGCUCCUGCAUCUGCUGCUGCACAAGCUCUGCACUGUGCUCUUCUUGGUGUCAGAAAUAGCCUUGAUCUUGAACAUAAGGAGGAAUCUCUGAACAAGUACUUAGGCCCGUCUCGCUCCUGGGAACAAAGUUGAACUAGCUAACACAAUCUACAAAGUUAGUGAUGAACUCUUUGGGUUACUGCCAGUCAUUCUCGAUGAGCUUUGAUGUCUUCUCAAAAAUUUGCAGCAUCAGUUGUGCAGAGUCAACAAUGGCUUUGUUGGAUUCUGAUGCACUUUCGAUUUAAAGUGUAGACUUGGCUUGUGACAAACGGUCUUCACCAGUGGAUCGGAAUUGCUGAAGACUAAAGAGUAGUUCCUGUGCAAAUUGUAAAUAGUCAUUUGUUGGUGAUUAAAUUCUUAGAAGCACAUAGCCUUGUAUAGUUCUUAGAGAUGUGCUCUUCCAUUCCUUAUUCUUUAGAAGCUGCAUUCUUUAUGUUUGAAUGUGGUUUCAAUUUGAUGUACAUAGUUUGUUAUACAUAUAUACAGAUAUAAGUAUAUUUUUAACAGGACUUUGGGAUUCUGAUAGGUCGAUUGGGCUACCUUUGGUUUGUGUUGUGUAAUUAAAUUUUGUUUUAACUUUAAGCUAGUAAUUGACUGUAUUGAUUUUGUGCAGGGUUAAAGGUUUAAAGUGCUAUUGUGAUCCCAACAUACACAAAACCUUUAAA